AAAUAUCCGUACGAGGUUGGCCGCACAUUUCUGGCACGCAAGCAUACUCCUCCAGAGCCUUUCGGCGGUCCCUACGACACAGUCUGGCCACCAGAACAAGAAGGUUGGAAAACUCUGACCCAGACGGAAUAUUGCUUGUCGCGUCCUCCGUUGCCUGGAACCACGAAUGAGAAUCAUAUGAUUUCUUUGAAGAUCGAGUCAUUGAUUCGAACCGGAGAGAACGCGGGAGCCCAGAUCGUUGGUGUUAGCAACGGGUUGGUGGCAAAAAUCUUUGAUCCACUCUAUUACGAUGGAAAGAACGAUCACGGGUUCCCAGCCGAUGUUGUCAUCGAGUCUGAUGGGGAUUACAGUCGCGAAGCAGCUGCAUACUCAGAACUUCAGGGCUGCCUGAAAGCCAUGAAGCACAUACCGAAGUACUACGGUUCGUGGACAACGGAGAUUGAAACAUGUGUGGGACAUUGUGGAUCCGAGAACACUGAGAAGAGAAAACGAGAAGUACGGCUUAUUUUGAUGGAGAUGGUUGAGGGAAUCCCUAUGACCGAUAUCAAUCCUCUCAGUUUGGCAGAACGACUACGACACACCAUCCUCAUCAAGGUUUUCGAAGCCAAAGCGCAAAUCUAUUCAUGUGGGGUGAGUCACAAUGACCUGUCUCUGCGCAACAUCUUCGUCAUUGCCAACGACCUGGAGAACCUGGAUGUUGAUAUCACGAUAAUCGACUUCAACAUUGCCGGCGUCACGAGGAAGGAUUGGUUGCGCAAUCAUUUUCACAAGGUGGCUCGCAAGAUGAUGCUGAUGUAUCCUGGGAGGCUGCUGUCACCUAUUCCUCGAUUUUGGGACAAGCUGGCUGAUUUCAGCGCUCAUGACUGGCUUCCGGAUGAUGCGUAUGAAGCGAGCGAGUGGCUGUGGCGCCAGUUCUAUGACAAUAAUCAAUACUUGCCAGUGGUCCGUAAUCCACGGAGGCCUACUUACACGCCUCGAAUGGUC